AUCUGUCAAUCCGGCAUGUUUGUUGUUUGUUUUGAUCCCUUAUUUGGAAGAACGGACGAAACGGAAGAGGACCAUCAAUGAAACUCUCAAAGUGCGUCCUCGCGUCCUCGAUCUUUCUGUUCCUAUCAACAUAUUUACCAAUUAUAACUAUAUAUAUCUACGCUUAACUCUCCGUAAGGCUGCUAAAAUUGAAAAAAUCUUGCUAGCCACCAUGGCGAGCUCAAAAAAGAUAAAAGUGAGACCGCAGCACACCACACUUUUUAUCAACCUGCGCCUACUGAUGUCUUGUAACAACCACUCUGACGCACUGAAGACUCUUUUGACCGAGGAUGUUUUUGUGCUGCCGAACAGCAACAAGAAGGCUUCCAACGAAGUUAUUUAUUUUAUCCUAAAUGUUUGGAGCAAGGAAAAAUGUGCCGAAAAAUUCAAAUUUUGCUGGCCGGUGCUUGACAGAAAGCAGGAAUCCCAGUUCCAGCGCGCCGCCUGCACUUUAUUGCAGGAGAUAAAGAGCGCUCAUCCGGACGCAAAUUUGCCUACGGUAUCACUUGCUCUGCUUCUUCAACCCGGAGGGGACAAAUACUGCAAUUUUCUGCUUCGCCUAACAAUGUUUUUAUUAGCACACUCCAUGAAAGUUGGUGAUUUGAAAGCCCGGCCCAAUGUCAAGUCUGAAGAAUCUCUGCGCUCACUUAUUGAGGAAACCAAAAGAGACGUAAGCUGUUUGCUGCUGUCUGCUGCCCAGAGUCAUGCCAACGCCGUUGCCACCUUUUCACAAGCUGAGGAGUUUAGCAGGAAACUCAAAGAGUGGUGGCACUCAUGGGAAGAGUGCGAAGAAUCUGCGCUGUUGGAGUUCCGGAAGGAGGCCAGUUUGCUUGAUGUUCCAGAUGAUUUUAAAGAAAAAAUGUUGGAAAAUCCUAGCAACUUUAAAGAUUUUGAGCUGGUUGUGAUCGAUCUCCGCAAUGAAGUAGAGAAAAUCUUAAGCCUCCUUGAAGGAUCCCAACAUCAAACUUACCAAAGAGCCAGCAGUGCGAGUCCAGAGGGGAAGCCUAGCUUUGUUAAGAAAACCCUAAACUUGGAGAGACUCGCACUUGUCCGGCAAAAGCUGCUCAAAGGUCUGAGCGAGCUAACGCUGCUUCUGGACGAAGGGAAACGCCAACCGAGCUGGCUGAUACACUCGGAAGUUGCGAGUCUUGAACUUGCAAUGCAGGAAGGACAAACUGCUGAUUUCAUGGACCAGAUGGAAGACAAACUGAGGUCUGCCAAACGGAGCGGCACUCGCAUUGAAAGAAGAAAGUCUUUCGCGCCCUCAAAUGUAUUCAAUUUCAGUCCUUGUAUUUUGCGUCAAGUUCCCCCUACACCUUCAUUUGACAUCAACCAUCUGACUGCCAACGGAGUGGAUUGUUCUCCAUUCUGGAUGAGAUAUCAGUCUUUACCUGAUGAGAAGGAAAGUCUGGAAAGUCUGCUCAGUCGAUGGAACUGUUAUGAUCACGAGCAGCCAGUUCUGGCAGAAGAAAACCUUUCUCAGGCCGCCAUCCCGUCUGGAAGCCAAAUUGUGCCUGCUAUCAAAGCGGAAUCUGCAACCCCCAUCGAGAAGUUUCGCCCUAAAGAGCAUAACACACCACUCAAUCCCCUGCAGCUGGAUCGCAACAGUUUGAUCCUUACACCUUCAAACGGUUCAGAAAUGGCUAUCCAAAUGGAAAAAUCGUUUCACGACAUAAGUGGAGAAGAGCUUCCCUUGGGCGACGUCAGUUUGCUCGAAUUAGCCGAAAUGCACUUAACAUUUGACUCAGCUUCAGUCUCUCCUGAGCCUCUCCAGGUGCAAAAGGUGUUAAGUCCUCCACCAGCUGCUGAACCUGAAGAACCUGUUGAUGUCAAGCCCGAUCUGAGCAGUCUGCUCAAACGGCUACAAGCUAUCAAAGCGAAAUCAAAGACUCUUCCCUCUGUGCUUGUUAAAAGUGAACUUGUUUCCCUGUGAGCUAGAAUUGAAAUUUGUAUUGCAUUUUGAGGCUGUGCUAAGAUGUUAAGAUUAAUAACCUGUCUUGAAAAGAUAACAGUUUUGAUGGUCCUGUUGGAUAUACUGUGCAGUUUUAACUCUUGAAUUUAUUUGUAAAAUUUGCUUCAAUAAAAAUUAC